GGCGAUUCUUCCUUGCCGCCUGACGGGGCUGCAAGACUGAUAAGCAGAGCACAUGCUAAUCAGACUAAAAUAAUACAAAGACUCCUCUGUUUGUUCUUGAAUGGCAUGGACACUCUUGUGGAUCAGAUGGACUGAACAUCUGAGAUGGGGAAAAGAGAAAAGAAGGCUGAGAGAGGUGUGUACCCGCUGUACGAGGACCAAUCGGCGUGUCUCUAUUCCAGCGAAGGCUUGCAGCAGAGUCAAGCAAUCCGGCGAUAGACUCAAACAUGUCAGAAUCUAACGAGGCUUGCUGGUCGAGUUUGCUGUAGAGAAUAAAGCACAACAGGGAUUGUUGUCGGGUGCGAGGGCCUACAGAGAACGAAGAGAAGAAUGGCAUGAGAUCUGGCGAGGAAGGGAGAUUCCCAGAAGAAGGAGAUUGGUACCCUUUGUGAUGACGAGGGCAGAUCGUAAGGAAGAUGUCAUCAGCCACUCAGCAGCCAUACCUCCCGGGAAAAAAGCGGGAUUUGAACCUGCGACUUCUGGCGUGACAGGCCCGCACACUUAACCAACUGAGCUAGUAUUUUACUAUUUUCCCAUCUGGGUAAUUUUUGCAAACUCGAACGCGUUGGCUCUCUCGGUGUAAACGGGGCACUCUACCAACGGAGCUAAUUACCUAAAAUGUGCUAUUCUUCUCGGAUCAGGCUCUCUGCGGUCGGGAGGUGCGGUCGGGAGGGGUGUAUGGUGGUGCGAUCCGUGCACUGUGUGGGGUGCGGAGAUCUCUGACAACGAAGAUGAUGGUGUUGCUUCUGCAUGUGUUCAAGAUGCACAUGCAGUGGUCGCAUGUACAGCGUGGGGUGCAACGGUCUUCGGUUGCUUGGCAAUCGUCACUUCAUGUGCAUGUAUACCAGAGAUGCGUGUGCACUUUGUGGGGUGCAAGGGGGGUCUUAGAGAACGAAAAUGAUUGCCGGCAUAAUCUGGUGGUGAAGAGGGAAUAUCGUAAAGAAGAUUGCCGUACUCUCUGACAAAGAGGGGAGAUUUUUAAGCAGGUGCAAAUGUUUCCGUUCUGGCUGCAAGGGCCCGAGGGGUUGAUUACGAAACGUAUGGCGUUGCUUUCUGAAUGUGUCCGUGCAGGUGAGGUGGUGAGAUGUGUGCACUGUGCCGGGUGCGGGGGACUUAGAGGACGAAGAUGGUGGGCGUGGAAAGUGAAGGAGGACGAGGUAGAGGAGGGAGAAGGGAGGAGAGAAAUGGGAGAGAGGGAAGAGAUGAUGUGUGGGGGGGAGAAGUACCUGGUGACCUUAACUCUUGUUUGAUCCAACAGGUUGGAUGCAGACUUGUAUGGAGAAAUGCCUAGAUCCAUGGUGGGUGGGUGGGUGAACCCUGCAUGAGGGUGCAAAAUGGAAGGGGGGGGGGCUCAUUAGGGGACGAGACCAGUUAUAUGUGGGGGUGAGUGAUGAAGAUGGGUGGAGAAGAAAUGGCUCCGCUAAGGAAGAAAGGUGUGUGAUUACUACUGUCACUGUUGUUCUUCCCUCGAGAAUGUGGAUGGACUUGUACUACGAAGCCAACAUACAUCGAGGUUGCAAGGUGACUGGACUCUUUGAUGUUUGUUUGACUCAGAGCACGAACGCUAUCACGAUUUGACAAAUGUGCGCUAAGGAAGAGAGAUGUGCAUGCUCUUCCCACGAGGCUGUGGAUGUACUACGAAAUCAAACCUACACAGAGUCUGCACUCUUGAUGUUAGUUUGACUCCGAGCACGAACGCCAUCACGAUUUCAGCAAACGGAAGCAAACGGAAGCAAACGGAAGCAAAUGGAAGCAAACGGAAGCAAACGGAAGCAAACGGAAGCAGAUGGUGUGAAACAGAAGCAAACGGAGGCAAAGCAACAGAAGCAAACGGAAGCAAAUGGAAGCAAACGGAAGCAAAUGGAAGCAAACGCAAGCAACCAGAAGCAAACGCAAGCAAGCGGAAGCAAACGGAAGCAAACGGAAGCAAAUGCAGUGAGCAAACAGAAGCAAAUGGAAGCAAACAGAAGCAAACAGAAGCAAACAGAAGCAAACGGAAGCGAAGCCAACGGAAGCAGAUGGUGUGAAACAGAAGCAAACGGAAGCAAACGGAAGCAAACGGAGGCAAACGGAGGCAAACAGAAGCAAACAGAAGCAAACAGAAGCAGACGGAAGCAAACGGAAGCAAACGGAGGCGAACAGAAGCAAUCGGAAGCAAACAGAAGCAGACGGAAACGGAAGCAAACGGAAGCAAACGGAAGCGAAUGGAAGCAAACAGAAGUAAACGGAAGCGGAUGGAAGCAAACGGUGUGAAACAGAAGAAAAGGGUGUCAAAGGGAAGCAGACGGUGACAUUGACAGUCACAAAGAAUCAGGUGCAAGGGCAUGGAACUUCAGAGGGAUGUGAUCUCAAACACAUUG